AUGCUAUUCCAAGAGACAGGAGUGCAAAAGACUAAAACCUUGAUACACAAAUUGACAAAUCUUUUACGUUUUACAGAAACUCGUAGAGAGAUUUAUCAGUUCCUUUUGCAAAUAUCACUUCGGCCGUUGAAGUUCAAUGGAAUGGGCAUGUUUCAAUUUGGCUACAGAUUUAUUCAUAAGUUCUUUAUCUCGGUUCUUACCGUUAUUAUUUUUGUAAUGCAAAUGGAUACUUCUCCCAUGUCCAAAAUAUUAAAAUCCGGUGGAUUUAAUGAAACAUGUUUCGAAAGAGAUGUGUCCGAUUGAGAAAUGAUAGUUUGGAGAGACAUCUGUUAGACAUCA